GCUAAAAUGAGGAGGGAGGUGACGCACGAGCGACCCAGAUCGCCCCGCUUCUCGCCCGACCCCCACCGAGGCCCAGACCGCGGCAGGCUCCUCCGGCUGCAGCUCGGUUAAAAAUGGUCUCCAGGAUGGUUUCUACCAUGCUGUCUGGCCUGGUGUUAUGGCUGACGUUUGGAUGGACUCCAACAGCUGCUUAUAGCCCAAGGACCCCAGACCGGGUCUCAGAAACAGAUAUCCAGAGGCUGCUCCAUGGCGUGAUGGAGCAGCUGGGCAUUGCCAGGCCGCGGGUAGAGUACCCAGCGCACCAGGCCAUGAACCUUGUGGGCCCACAGAGCAUCGAAGGUGGAGCUCAUGAAGGUCUGCAACACUUGGGUCCCUUUGGCAACAUCCCAAACAUCGUAGCAGAGUUGACCGGUGACAACAUUCCUAAGGACUUCAGUGAGGACCAGGGCUACCCAGACCCUCCAAACCCCUGUCCCAUUGGAAAAACAGUAGAUGAUGGAUGUCUAGAAAACACCCCUGACACAGCAGAGUUCAGUCGAGAAUUCCAGUUACACCAGCACCUUUUUGAUCCAGAACAUGACUAUCCAGGCUUGGGCAAGUGGAACAAGAAGCUCCUUUAUGAGAAGAUGAAGGGAGGACAGAGACGCAAGCGGAGGAGUGUCAAUCCGUAUCUACAAGGACAGAGACUGGACAAUGUUGUUGCAAAGAAGUCAGUCCCCCAUUUUUCAGAUGAAGAUAAGGACCCAGAGUAAAAUGAAGAUGCAGUGUGGAAAUUCAUGUCACCUGCUAUACCUCCUUGGCACUGCUUCUGCCCGUGUGUUGUUAGAGCCCCUGUGACGGGCAGCAUGUUUCUAAUUCAGAUAAGUAUGGAUGAAAAGCAAACGUAUUUUGGUAUUGUGUUGUCCUUCGUACCGAUAGCUCUGCUUUCUGCUAAAUUAGGGUGAGAGCCUUUUUUCCCCUUUAAGUGUGGAUCUGCAAUGAGCAUUAAAAUUGAAUUGUAUGUGUCAACAACAAUAAAAAGCAAAUGAAUGAAA